AUGCAAGCAUCACCGAUUUCUACAUCUAUUCCUUUACCUUUUUCAAAAAGUUUGAAUGAAAUUAAGGCUGAGCAGGCUAUUAAUUUAGAUAUUUUACGUGUCAAACUUGUUGGUAUUUCAAUGAAAGACAUUGUUCCUAUGUUAGUAUCAAGAAGGGUACUUAAAAGUUAUGAAAUGAAUGAAGUUUAUUCUAAAGAAAAUUCUAAAGAACAAAUUGAAACAUUAAUUAAUAUUUUACAGACAAAAAAUCAUUGGAUGGGUCCUUUUAUUGAUUCUCUUAUAAGAAAUGGUCAAUUUGCAUUAGUUCGUGAAUUAAUUGAUGAAAGUAAUGUAAAUAGAUCUACAAGUGAAAGUCCAAAAUAA